AUGACUAUAUUCACUGAAAUCCAAACGAAAUAUCCGCCCUCACGAUAUCAACUACUUCUGGAAGCUUCCUAUUCAAAAGAUCCUCCAUUUUUCCUGGAAAAUCUCAAAGAUUCGAUAAGAAGUAGUCAAGAACAAGAUGGAGGAGAAGUGACUAUUGGCCAAGUCCAAGAACAUUUGAAAAUGGAAAGUUUUGUUGAUGCGAAAAAACGAUCAGUGGAGGGAGACCUGUACAGUUUUAAAUCAGAUGAAAACUUUUCGUUCAAAACCAAACGUGUCGUUUUCUUCGGCUGCUUCUUAUUCGGACUCAUUUGUUGUCAAUUGGCUUACAAUUUGUAUUUUGACCAGGAGGUACCAGUAAUAAUAAGAGUUGCAUUUAUAGCCAUCCUAUUUUGUUCACCGCAGUUUGUCAUUACGUUUUCGACCAUGCAAAGCGGUGACUGGCCCAACCCACCGUCCACUGAGAACUAUAAUUCGAUAAGUGUGUCAAAACUGAAACAACGCCAACUGGAACUCAUCGAUUGCUACCUGAAUGAAGUGUUACCGAUGAAAGAGGAAAUUCCCGCUCUCCGUUAUCGACAUGACGUUUUGAGAAUGAUUUUUGUUGGAGAAUGGGUCUUUUAUGCUUUCUUCCGCGUUUGCUAUUCAAUGUAUCAUCUGUCAAACAACUGGUGCGACAAGGAGAUUCGAGGAAUUAACGGUAUAGACAGUGCUAACUCUAUAGCCGUGUUUUUGUUUCUCGGUCUGUGGCUCAUCUACUGGUAUUUUUCAAAGUUGGCUAGAAUGACUAUAUUCACUGAAAUGCAAACGAAAUAUCCACCCUCACCAUAUCAACUACUUCUGAAUGCUUCCAGAUCGGAAGAUCCUUCAUUUUUCUUGGAAAAUCUGAAAGAUUCGAUAAGAAAUAGUCCACAACAAGAUGGAGGAGAAGUGCCUAUUGGUCAAAUCCAAGAACAUCUGAGAAUGGAAGGUUGGGUUGAUAUGGAAAAAGAAGCAGUGGAGGGAGAACUAUGGUGGAAUAAAUCAGAUUAUCACUAUUCGUUCAAAACUAAAUUUGCCUUUGUAUACGCCUGUAUCAUAUUCGGAGUCAUUAGUUGUCAGUUGGUCUACAGUUUGUACCUUGGCCAGGAGCUAUCACUAACAACAAGAGCUGUGUUAAUAGCUAUCCUGUUUAUUUCCCCAAUGUAUGUCAUUGGGUUUUCGACAAUAUCAGGAGGCAGUCACGGUGACUGGCUCAACCCACUCUACAAUGAGGACUAUAAUUCUAUAAAGGUGUCAGAACUGAAACAGCGCCAACUUGAACUCAUCGAUUGCUAUCAGUAUCAAGUGUUACCGAUGAAAGCGGAAAUUCCAGCUAGCCGUUAUCGACAUGACAUUUUGGCAAUGAUCUCUGUUGGAGAAUGGAUGUUUUAUGCUUUCUUCCGCGUUUGCUAUUCAAUCUGUCACCUUUCAUUCAACUGGUCUAACAAGAAGGCUCGAGAACAUGACAGUCUGGACAUUGGGGUCUCUGGAGUCGUCCAUGGAUGGCUAGGCGUCCUGUUAAACACACCAAGCAAGCAGGCGGCGUUGACUGUGGAGCCGUCCACUUCUGAGUUGGUGGCCGCUUUCAAUGAGUUGGACAAUUCACACCAUGGAGGAUAUUAUCACAGGGAUCUCACUCCAUUCAAGUUCUAA